UACCAAGUGGAUCUUAAAUCUUUAAAUUUAAAAUGUCCGACACUGAAACUCAUAAAAAGAGGAUAAGGAUUAACGAUGAUAGCAAACUAGUUAAUGUUGAAUUUGAAACUAGUGAAGACGUUAAAAAAACUUCGACUUUUGAAAAGAUGGGGCUUCGUAAAAGUUUGCUAGAUGGAAUAUAUUCUUAUGGUUUUGAAAAACCUUCAGCAAUUCAGCAACGUGCUAUUAUUCCUGUCAUCAAAGGUAGAGACGUAAUUGCACAGGCGCAAUCGGGAACUGGUAAAACAGCAACUUUUGCCAUAUCUAUUCUCGAAUCGAUAGAUACAAAAAUUCGAGACACUCAAGCUCUUGUUCUUGCACCAACUCGUGAGUUGGCCCAACAGAUACAAAGAGUUAUUCUAGCAGUAGGUGAUAGAAUGAAUGUUCAAUGCCAUGCUUGCAUUGGAGGUACAAAUCUAGGAGAAGAUAUUAGAAAAUUGGAUUAUGGACAACACGUGGUAUCUGGUACACCGGGCCGAGUUUUUGAUAUGAUACAGCGCAAAUGCCUUCGCACCCGCAAUAUCAAGCUGCUUGUUAUAGACGAAGCGGAUGAAAUGCUUAGCAAAGGAUUCAAAGAACAGAUAUAUGACAUAUACCGCUUCUUACCACCCCAGACCCAGGUCGUUCUAUUCAGUGCCACAUUGCCUCACGACAUACUUGAAAUGACCAGCAAAUUUAUGACAGAUCCUUUGAGAAUACUCGUCAAGCGCGAUGAACUCACCCUAGAUGGUAUAAAACAAUUCUUCGUUGCGGUGGAUAGGGAGGAUUGGAAAUUCGAAACUCUGGUAGAUCUUUACGAUGCACUCGUAGUGACCCAAGCCGUCAUUUUCUGCAAUACCAAACGCAAGGUCGAUUGGCUAACUGAGAAGAUGCGUGCCGCCAAUUUUACAGUUAGCUCCAUGCACUCGGGGAUGCCUCAGAAGGAGAGGAAUGAAGUCAUGAGCGCUUUCCGGUCUUUUACAACCCGCGUCCUUAUAACGACCGACGUUUGGUCCAGGGGGUUAGACGUUCAACAGGUAUCUCUGGUUAUAAAUUAUGAUUUACCCAACAGCAGAGAACUUUACAUCCACAGGAUAGGUAGGUCCGGUAGGUUUGGCAAGAAGGGUGUGGCCAUUAACUUUGCAAACAAAGAAGACAUCAGAAUUUUACGGGAUAUUGAACAAUAUUAUAGUACCCAGAUUGAUGAGAUGCCAAUAAAUAUCCACGAUUUAUUUUAAUUAAUUAUAAAUUUUUUUUAAAAUGUUGUUAUAUAAACUAUUAUAGAUUUAUGACAUCUGUAUUAUAUUGAUUAUUCUUAAUUAUGAUAAUUUAUAAAUAAAUAUAAAUAUGAUGGGUUAUAAA